AUGUUGGAUCAGUUGUCAGCUGCUCUUGAGUCACUUCAUGAUAUGAAUAGGAAGCAUCAGCUUGUCUCAGAGAAGACACAAGCUCUUCAUGAAGCAUGUGAGCAACUUGUGCAAGAACAAAAUCAGUUAUCAGGCUUCGCUGAAACUAUCAGUAGUAAACUCUCCUAUUUCACGGAGCUGGAGCAGCUGGGGCAGAAGUUAAAUGCUCCCUCAUUUUCUCCAUCGUCUGAUCACUUCCCAGUCCUAUUGAACCGUCUUGAUGAGUGUAUUGCCUUCAUUGAAUCACAUCCUCAUUUUAAAGAGUCUUCAGUUUAUUUGGCUCGUUAUAAGCAGCAGCUGUCUAAAGCUCUCUCCUCCAUCAAGCAACAGUUCAUUCACACUAUCAGAUCAACCACACAAUCAGUUCUGCAGCAGCAGCAUCAGUCAGUGGGUAUGCCUGAGACCAGUUAUUCUCAGUUUUAUGGUAAAUUCAGAGGAUCAGCUCCUAAACUUAAAAGUUUGAUGAGUGAAGUUGAACUAAGAGCAGAGAAAUCCUCAGACUAUACCACACUGCUACAGGAUUGCUUGCAGUGUUACAUAUCUCAAAGACGUCACUUGCUCUCUCCAUCAGUGACAGCUACUCUUCUUGAACUAACUAAACACAAGCAGACAGAAUACAGCUCACUGGUACCUUGUCACUCCAUUAGAGACUAUUCUCCUCCUCCUCCUCCUUCAUUUUAG